UCAGGAGGAGCAUGUUCAGAGGGCGAGCACAAGCUCUUCUCCGUCAUCUUUUCCAAGUACAACCAGUUCAUUCGACCGGUGGAGAAUGUGUCUGAGCCAGUCAUUGUACAGUUUGAGGUGUCCAUGUCCCAGCUGGUCAAAGUGGAUGAAGUCAACCAGAUCAUGGAGACCAACCUGUGGCUCAGACACAUCUGGAAUGACUACAAACUCAAGUGGAAUCCCAAAGAUUUUGGAGGCGUAGAGUUCAUACGAGUGCCAUCCAACAGGAUAUGGAAGCCUGAUAUUGUACUGUACAAUAAUGCAGUAGGAGACUUUCAGGUUGACGACAAGACAAAGGCUUUACUUCGGUACAACGGCGAGGUCACGUGGAUUCCCCCUGCCAUUUUCAAGAGCUCGUGUAAGAUCGACGUAACCUACUUCCCCUUCGACUACCAGAACUGCACUAUGAAGUUCGGCUCCUGGACCUACGACAAGGCUAAGAUUGAUCUGGUGCUGAUCGGCUCCACCAUCAACCUCAAGGAUUUCUGGGAGAGCGGCGAAUGGAUGAUAAUUGACGCCCCUGGUUACAAGCACGACAUCAAGUACAACUGCUGUGAGGAAAUCUACACCGACAUCACGUACUCUCUGUACAUCCGCCGCCUUCCACUCUUCUACACAAUCAACAUGAUUAUCCCAUGCCUGCUUAUCUCCUUCCUCACUGUUCUCGUUUUCUAUUUGCCGUCUGACUGCGGCGAGAAGGUUACGCUGUGCAUCUCCGUGCUGCUCUCCCUCACCGUUUUCCUCUUGGUCAUCACCGAGACCAUCCCCUCCACCUCGCUGGUCAUCCCCCUGAUUGGCGAGUACCUCCUUUUCACCAUGAUUUUCGUCACCCUCUCGAUCGUCAUCACCGUGUUCGUGCUAAACGUCCACUACCGCACGCCCAAGACACACACUAUGCCGCGGUGGGUACGCGGCAUCUUUCUGGGGCUGCUGCCCAAAGUCAUGUUCAUGACCCGACCGGGGAGGGACCCAGAGAAGACGAGUGAGACAGUUCAAAUGAUCCGCACAAGACCGUGCGACGUUCAUGCCGCAGUGUCCCACCACAAAACUCAGGCUCUGGCCUCCAGUAGCCAGUGCUCCAGCUCAGAGUCUCUAGAUGCGGGAGUACUAUCCUUGCUGCCGUUCUCCCCUGAGAUCAGGGAGGCUAUCGAGAGUGUCAAAUACAUCGCAGAAAACAUGAGAAUGCAGAAUGAGGCAAAGGAGGUUCAAGACGAUUGGAAAUAUGUCGCCAUGGUGAUCGACCGCAUCUUCCUGUGGGUUUUUGUCUUGGUGUGCAUCCUGGGAACCGCCGGCCUUUUCCUCCAGCCCCUUCUUCUUGGGGAAGACAUAUGA